UGUGGCCGCCCCGGGCAAGGCCUCGCUCAGGGGACGCCAGGUAUAUAAGGCCCCGACGCCCGGCCAUGCGUCAGUGUAGCGACUCUCCUCACUACAUCAUGAAGACUCUUGUUCUGUUUGGCGUGAUUGCCGCGGCCCUCGCUGCCCCUGUUCCCGACGAGAAGGUGGUUGCUGUGCACCAUGCUGUGGGUCCUGCAGCGCUGUCCUACGCUGGCCCCGCUUUGCCCCACGCUGUGUCCUAUGGUGCCCCUGCUUUGACCCACCCCGUGGCUCCUGCUGCAGUGUCCUACGCUGCUCCUGCUUUGACCCACCCCGUGGCUCCUGCUGCAGUGUCCUACGCUGCUCCUGCUCUGACCCACGCUGUGGCUCCCGCUGCAGUGUCCUACGCUGCUCCUGCUCUGACCCACUCUGUCGCCUACGCUGCCCCCACCCCAGUGGCACUGCCCCCGGCCGAGGUCAAGGUCCCCGUCACCCGCACGCACGUCGAGGUCCCCGUCCACCAGAAGGUCCACUAUGGCACUCAGAGCUACGUCGCUGGCGCCACAACCACCAUCCACAAGCCAUCCCUGGCUGCGCCAGCCAUUGCCCCGCCCUCCACACUCCUGGCUAAGGUCACCCACAAUGCCCCUGAGCUCACCAUCCAGCGCCAGGAAGUGCCCGUCGAGAAGCACACUCCCAACUUCGUUGACACUCCCUACCACGCUGGCACCAUCGUCAAGUACACCGAGCCCGAAGUGCGCGAAGUCAAGGUGCCCACCCCAUAUUCCGCCACACAGUCCACUCGGUGGCCGUCCACAACGCCGUGCCAGCCGUCCAUGCCGUGCCAGCCGCCGUGGUCAAGGCUGGAUAUUAAGCCUUGAAGCCGGCGCGAAGCCGCAGAUAUUCACGUCACACAAGAACCUCUUCUGAUGUACAUUUUGUACCAUAUCAAUUUAUCAAUAAAUGUAUAAAAUGCC